AUGGAGAGCAUCACGCCCAAGAUGGACAACAGGUCGGAGAAGUCGCAGACGCUUUCGUCGAGUGAUCCUGAGAAGCAGGGCUCCCCCCCGGAAGAAGCGAAGUUGCAGAGAAAGCUGUCAAGUCGUCACUUGCAGUUCGUUGCCAUUGGUGGCACUGUCGGUACUGGUAUCUUCAUCGCCUCGGGCAAGAGUAUCGCGACCGCAGGACCGGCUGGAGCCCUCCUCGCCUAUGUCUUCAUCGGAACCCUCGUAUACGCCGUCAUGCAAGCGCUCGCUGAAAUGUCGACCUACCUACCAAUCUCCGGCGCUUUUACGCAAUACGCAGCUCGCUUUGUGGACCCAAGUCUUGGAUUCUCGAUGGGUUGGAUAUACUGGUUCAGCUGGAGCAUUACCUAUGCUUUGGAACUCAGCGCUGCCGGUCUGAUCAUCCAAUGGUGGGCUCCUGAUCUCAACAUUGCCAUCUUCAUUUCCAUCUUCUGGGUUCCCAUCACUUUGGUCAACUUCCUACCCGUGGACCUGUUCGGCGAGUUUGAGUUCUGGUUCGCUUCUCUGAAGGUCAUGGCUUUAGUCGGUUUCAUGAUCUUCUCCAUCUGCAUCAAUGCCGGUGUCGGUGACCAAGGCUACAUUGGAUUCAAGUACUGGGACCAGCCGGGAGAGCAUUCGCACCCUGUGGGCGCUGGUGAAAGCACAAACCCCAGGGUGACGAUGCCCAAGGCUAUCCGCAGGACUUUUUGGAGCAUUUUCCUGCUCUUCGUCUUUACCAUCUUCUUCAUCGGCAUCGUCGUCCCUUACGACAACGAGUCACUUCUUAUCGGAGACACGAACGCUAGCUCCUCGCCGUUGGUUAUUGCUGCGCAGCUUGCGGGCGUGUCAGUUCUUCCCCACAUUAUCAACGCGGUUCUCCUGACAGCUGUGCUUUCCGCUGCCAGCUCGAACGUCUACUCUGGAAGUCGUAUUCUAGUCGGUCUCUCUGAGCAACAUUGCGCGCCCAAGUUCCUCCAGCUCACGUCUAAGCGCGGUGUCCCUUACGUUGCAGUUUCCGUCACAGCUGCCGUAGGUGCGUUGGGCUAUUUGAACUGCUCCGAUAGCGGUACCGAAGCUUUCAACUGGUUGUUGAACAUCACCAGUGUGGCUGGCUUGAUUGCAUGGUGCUGCAUCUUCAUCUGCUAUCUCGCAUUCACCAAAGCUCUCCGGGCGCAAAACAUCGACCGCGACAACCUUCCGUACAGGGCGUGGGGCGGCGAUUGGUUCGCUUGGUACGGACUUGUGUUCUGCGUCAUCAUCACGCUCACACACAAGGCUUCGUUGCAGUUCUUCAUUGCUUAUGUUAGUUUGAUUCUGUUCGCGGUCAUGUACAUUGGCCACAAGAUUUUUACCCGGUCCAAGUUCAUCAACGCAGCGGAGGCGGACAUCUUCUCUGGCAAGUUCCACGAGGAGCUAGCCGAGACAUGGGAGGAAAGCUCCAGGAGCAUGUGGACGAAAGGCUUCAAUGCCGUUUUCCGAAAGUAA